AAGUCGGUUUAAUAUCUAUACGUUACGUUUAGUUUAGUCUUCUAUUUUGUGACAAAUUCCAAAUAGAAAGAUGUGAAAAUACAUAAUAUUUGACUUUAGAUUUUUAUGAAUAAUCUAUGCCGCUGUCUUAGCAAAUUGCACAUAAAAAGCGCAAUAAUGAAACGUUACAUGGUAAUAUGGGGAGCACUUUUUUUUUUAGUCAUGUUCUCUUCAUUAUAUCUCAUGCUAGAAACAGUCAGCACAGCCAACAAACCCACAGAACUUAAUACACAUGAACUAGAUAAUAUUGAAGGAAAAAUUCAAAGAAUAGAAGAAGAUUUAAUGAAAAAUCAUGAAACGAUUAAAGAAAUAAAAGACACUGUUAGGAAAAUAGGAAAAGGAGGUGCCGUUAGCCUUGAUCAGUUAAAAGAUGUUUUGGAUAGACAUAAAGAUAGUGAUUAUGGUGGUAAUGUAGGGGGUAAAGUGGGUGUGGUCAAGAUGAAUCAGAUUAAAUUUCAAGAAAGAAAGGAUAAGACAGUUGUUAAAGAUUUGACUAUACCUACUGAUAUGUGUUUACUAGCUGAUGCUCCAGAAGCGAAAACAGACUAUAAAUUGACUGAUGUGUUUGAAAAGAAUUCUUUUACUGAUGUUGAUGGGGGUGUAUGGAAACAGGGCUGGCCUAUAACAUAUGAUAACUCCCAGUGGAGUAAACGUAGCCUUAAAGUUUUUGUUAUACCUCACUCACACACAGAUCCUGGCUGGCUGAAAACAUUUAUGGAAUAUUAUAGACAACAAACAAAACUGAUAUUUGAGAACAUGAUUCCCAAAUUAGAAGAGGAUGGUCGAAGAAAGUUCAUGUAUGCUGAAAUGUCUUUCUUUUCAUUAUGGUGGGAUGAAAUUGAUAUAGGAAAGAAAGAAAGAGUUAAAAAACUGAUAGAAAAUGGUCAGUUGGAGAUAGUAACUGGUGGUUGGGUUAUGACAGAUGAAGCUAAUGCUCAUUAUUUUGCCAUGAUUGAUCAACUGCUUGAGGGCCAUCAAUGGCUUGAUGGGACACUUGGGGUUAAACCAAAAUCUGGGUGGUCAAUUGAUCCAUUUGGUUAUUCUUCAACUAUGGCAUAUAUUCUACGGGAAGCAGAUUUCAGUAACAUGCUUAUACAACGAGUGCAUUAUUCCCUCAAAAAAUAUUUAGCCAAAGAAAAAGCUCUAGAAUUUAUGUGGAGGCAGCAAUGGGAUCAAGAAGGUUCAACCGACAUAUUCUGCCAUAUGAUGCCCUUUUAUUCCUAUGAUGCCCCUCACAGUUGUGGUCCAGAUCCCAAGAUUUGUUGCCAGUUUGAUUUUAUGCGUCUGCCAAAUACUAAAUUUCGGUGUCCAUGGAAACUGAACCCAUUACCUAUUACAGAAGGAAAUGUGGCUGAAAGAGUGAAUCUGUUAAUAGAUCAAUAUAAGAAGAAAGCUCAGUUGUAUAAAACUGAUACUCUCUUAGUACCACUUGGAGAUGAUUUCCGCUAUGAUACAGCAGGUGAAUGGGAUCUGCAAUUUCAAAAUUAUCAAAAAAUGAUUGAUUAUAUUAAUCACCACCCCGAAUUAAAAAUUGAGGUACAUUUUGGAACUCUGUCGGAUUAUUUUAAUGCUGUAUAUGAAAGAACUAAUGUAGAAGAAGGUGGUCGUCCUCCCCAAGUGCCAACUUUAAGCGGUGACUUUUUCACCUAUGCUGACCGUGAAGAUAACUAUUGGAGUGGCUAUUAUACUUCUCGGCCAUUCUAUAAAAACCUUGAUCGUGUGACAGAAGUACAUCUUAGGGCAGCUGAAAUUAUUUAUACCACAGCUCUUGGUUAUGCACGAAAACAUGCUUCUUCAAAUUUCCCAUCUGUGGCGUUUAUGAAGUUUUUGGUUGAUGCUCGAAGAAACUUAGGAUUAUUUCAACAUCAUGAUGGCAUCACAGGAACUUCAAAAGAAUUUGUUGUUGCUGAUUAUGGUAAAAGGUUGGUUGAAAGUAUAAACAAUAUGAAGAAAUUAAUAGCCGAAUGUGCUACAUAUUUAUCUGUUGAAGAUAAGGCCAAAUACUCCUACACACCAUCUUCACCUAUAUUUAAUAUUGAUGAAUUGAGAAAAAACCAUGAUUCAUUACCAGAAAAAAAUGUUCUUAUGCUAACCAAUGAACCAAGUCCUGUGUUGAUGUACAAUUCACUGACUCAUGUUAGACAACAUGUAGUUAAAGUAUAUGUAUCAUCACCUUAUGUUGAAGUUAAAGAUCCUAGUGGUGAAGUCAUACAAUCACAAGUUGAACCAUACUGGACAGACAAAGAAAAAAUAGCUACUGAUAUAUUUAAGGUAUCAUUUGUUGCUGAAGUACCAGGACUAGGUAUUAGCUGUUAUUAUAUAAAACAAGUCACAGAGAAUGAUAAUCCUAAAAAUACCUUAUCUUUUGUUACAAUAUAUCAUUCUACAUCAACUACACCUGCUAAUAUAAAACCAUUCCCAUUGGAUAUAAAAACCCAUUCUGAAGACUUUACUAUUGAGAAUGAUUAUCUAAAGAUAAGUUUUACUGAAGGUACUUCUAUGUUGAAGACAGUAAACAGAAAAGAAGAUGAGGAAGAACAUAAGGUAUCUGUAGAGUUUGUGGAAUAUUCAACAAGAAGAUCUGGUGAUAAAUCAGGAGCUUAUCUAUUUCUGCCUGAAGGUGUUGCUAAGCCAGUACCAACUCUAUCACCUUUUACACGUAUUGUAAGAGGACCUGUUAUAUCAGAAGUUCAAGUAUUUACACAUACAGUUAAUCACGUUGUUCGACUUAUUAAUUCACCAGGUACUGAGGGUCAGUCUGUAGAUAUGUAUAAUAUAGUUGAUAUAAGACAGCAGAUAGAUAAAGAAAUAGCUGUAAGAAUAACAACGGAUAUUAAAAAUGAAGAUCGUGUGUUUUACACUGAUUUAAAUGGAUAUCAGAUGUCAAGAAGAAAGACAUAUGAUAAACUACCAUUACAAGCUAACUUUUAUCCUAUGCCAGCUAUGAUGUUUCUGGAAGAUUCUAACACAAGAUUUAGUGUUUUGUCUGCACAAUCAUUAGGUUGUUCAAGUUUACAGCAAGGAGUGAUGGAAGUAAUGAUGGACAGACGAUUAUCUCAUGAUGAUUCUAGAGGAUUAGGGGAGGGGGUUAAAGAUAAUAAAGCCACACCAAAUAGAUUUAAAUUUUUGAUAGAAAGCAGAAAGGGUUCUAAACCACCCAGUAAAACAGAGUUACGUUUCCCGUCAUUACUAGGUCAUUUAACUUCAGCUCACAUGCUGGGCUCUUUCUUUGUUUUACCUCAAUAUAAAAAUUCGAAACUCAUGGCAUUGACAACGUCAGUUAGGCCAUUAGAUGUUGAUUUACCAUGUGAAUUAUAUAUGCUUAAUUUACGAACUAUGCAAAAUAAAGAUGAUAGUGAUGCAUUAAAAUAUGUACCAAAAGAAACAGCUGCUAUGAUAUUACAUAGAUAUGGUAUAGAUUGUUCUUAUCCAGCUAAAAGUUUAACUUGUUAUACGAAUGGGGGAAAGGUGGCUUUUGCUAAAAUAUUUAAUGAUUUAAAAAUGCUGGAGGUAAAGUCUAUGUCUUUGACUCUCAUGUAUGAAAGAGAAAAUUUAGACAUGGAAGCACUCACAACUGUUAAACCAAUGGAGAUAAAUACAUUCAAAGUAACAUUCCGUUCAUCUGAAACUUAGAUUGAUUAAAACUAUGUCAGGUGUUUCAUAUUUUAAAAUUUUAACCAGUCAUCAUCAUUAUCUUAGAAUUUAUUUCACUAAACAAGGUAUGAAAAUAUACAUAACCACCAAUUUUUCAAUGAAAACAUUACAGUAUGAUUUUUAUAAGCCAUUUUGUAAAAAUGGGCUAUUGGUGAAUACCUUUGUACAUCAUAAUUAGCCUGGCUAUCUUUUUUGUUUUUGUCAAUUUAACCCUGGUACAUGUAAAUAUUGACUUCCCUAGUAACUUAUAGAAAAUUAGAGAAAAGUGAUAUAUAUAAUAAUACCAGCACAUCCCUGUAUAGACCAAAACGGCAGUUCCUUAGACCACCUCAAACCGUUAUUUGAAUAGCUUUCCCUAUUAUAUAUAGGAACAUUUUGUGAGCUACAUAUAUGCAUGUGACAGAGUGGUUUAAGGAGCCCAAGUAACAAUGGUUUCGGGUAAUGAGUAAUAAACUCCAGUUCAUUUUAUGUGAAAAGACACCUUACCUAGUAUAUAUGUCUUUAAGGCACCUUUUUGAUUCACCAAGACUGAACCUAAAGUUAAUCUGCCUUGGGACACGGGGCAGAGAGUUUGCUACUUGCAUGGAUCCAUAGUUAACAGUGUAAAUGGUUUAGUAUGAAUUUAAUUCAGAAAAAGUUGCUCUUCCUAAAUUUGUAAUAAAUCCAGACCUUUGAAACACUUGUUUUUUUAAAACAACCAUAACUGUGGUUUUUGAGGGGGAGGGGGUGUGAUGGGCAAAUAGUAAGAUGCUUUUUAUACGCUCACAUUUUCAUGUGGACGUAUUAUGUUGUCGCCCCUGUCCUAUUUGUUUGUGGAGUAUAUAUUGUCGUCGCCCCUGUUCGUCUGUCCGUCAACAAUUGUUUGUGAACACUCUACAGGUCACAAUUAUAGGUUUAUCACCCUAAGAUCUCGCUUCCUUUUGAUAUUGGCAUGUAUCGGAGUGUAACUUCAUGGAUUAUGGCCCUUGAUUGUACGAAAAAUCACGUUUUUAGCUUGUGAACACUGUAGAGGUCACAAUUUUUAUCCGAUUUGGUUUAAACUUGAAAUAUAUGUUUAUAACCCAAAGAUCUCAGUUCAUUUCGAUAUUCGCACAUAUCGGACCAUAACUUCCUGAAUUAUGGCCCCUGAUUGUACGGAAAAAUCGCGUCAUAAAUUUUAUCCGAUUUAAAAAAACAUUUUAAUAUAUCACCGUUACACCCUAAGGAUGGCCGAGUUUGAAUUUGGAGAAAAUCGGACCAAAACUAACUGACAAAAUGGCCGCCCAUCGUUCUAAAAUAGGGUAAAAAUAUGGUAUAUCAGGGUUGUGGCCCCUAUAGAGGUCACAAUAUUUAUCCGAUUUUGUUGAAACUUGAAAUGUAAGUUUAUAACCCAAAGAUCUCAGUUCCUUUCGAUAUUUGCGUAUAUCGGACCGUAACUUCCUGAAUUAUGGCCCCUGAUUGUACGAAAAAUCGCGUUUUUUAGCUUGUGGACCCUAUAGAGGUCAUAAUUUUUAUCCGAUUUAAAAAAACGUUUUAGUAUAUCCCCAUUACACCCUAAGGAUGGUUGAGGUCGAAUUUUGUGAAAAUCGGACCAAAACUGACUGACAAAAUGGCCGCCCAUCGUUCUCAAAUAGCGUAAAAAUAUGGUAUAUCAAGGUUGUGGACCAUAUAGAGGUCACAAUAUUUAUCCGAUUUUGUUGAAACUUGAAAUGUAAGUUUAUAACCCAAAGAUCUCAGUUCCUUUCGAUAUUCGCGCAUAUCGAACCGUAACUUCCUGAAUUAUGGCCCCUGAUUGUACGAAAAAUCGUGUUUUUAGCUUGUGGACCCUUUAGCGGUCACAAUUUUUAUCCGAUUUAAAAAAAACGUUUGAAUAUAUCACCGUUAUUCCCUGAGGAUGGUUGAGUUUGAAUUUUGUAAAAAUCGAACCAAAACUAACAAAAUGGCCACGCCUCGUAGUCAAAUAGCGUAAAAAUAUGGUAUAUCAAUGUUGUGGACCCUGUAGAGGUCACAAUUUUAAUCAGAUUUUGAUGAAACUUCAAAGGCAUGUUUAUAACCCAAAGAUUUUGGUUGCUUUCGAUAUUCAUGCAUAUUGGAUCGUAACUUCCUGAAUUAUGGCCCCUGAUUGUACGAAAAAUAGUGUUUUUAGCUUGGGGUCGCUCUAGAGGUCGCAAUUAUUAUCCGAUUUAAAACACUGUUUGUAUAUAUCACCGUUACACCGCAAUGAAGUUUGAGUUCGAAUUUCAUGAAAAUCGGAUCAAAACUGCCUGACAAAAUGCCCGCCCCUUGUACUCAUAUAGUGUAAACACCUGGUAUAUUAAGGCUGUGGACCCUCUGGAGGUCACAAUUUUGUGUCGAUUUUGAUGAAACUUGAAAUGCAUGUUUAUAAUCCAAAGAUCUUGGUUGCUUUCGAUAUUCGCGCAUAUCGGAUCAUAACUUCCUGAAUUAUGGCCCCUGAUUGUACGAAAAAUAGUGUUUUUAGCUUGUGGUCCCUCAAGAGGUCACAAUUAUUUAUUGAUUAAAAAAAACGUUCGAAUAUAUCGCCCUUACACCAUUAUGAUGGCUGAGUUAGAAUUUCGUGGAAAUCGGACCAAAACUGUGUACAAUCGUUAACAUGCCCAUAAUCUUGUUGUUUAUGUGUGAUUUACAUUGUCACUUUGUAAAGUGCCUCUGAACAUGUUAUAUGAAAGGGUGCACUAUAAAUAUGCUGUAAUAAUAGUAAUAAUAAUAAUAUCAAGGUUGUGAAUCCUCUAGAGGCCACAAUUUUGAUCAGAUUUUGAUGAAACUUGAAAUACAUAUUUAUAACCCAAAGAUCUUGGUUCCUUUCAUUAUUCGCGCAUAUCGGAUCGUAACUUCCUGAAUUAUGGCCCUUGAUUGUACAAAAAAUCGCAUUUUGAGCUUGUGGCAGUUUUGGCUUGUGGUCCCUCUAGAGGUCACAAUUUUUAUCCGAUUUAUAAAAAAAACGUGUGAAUAUAUCACAGUUAUCGAUAUAAUGACUGAGUUCGAAUUUCGUGAAAAUUGGACAAAAAUUGUAUGCAAAUAGUGUAAAAAUAUGGUAUAUCAAGGUUGUGGCCACAGUUUUUAUCCGAUUUGGAUGAAACUUUAAAUAUAUGUUUUAUUAUAAAGAUCUUGGUUCCUGUUGAUAAUCACACAUAUCCGAACGUAACUUCCUGGAUUAUGGCCUCUGAUUGGUCGAAAAAUCACAUUUUUAGCUUGUGGCAGUUGUGGAUUCUCUAGAAGUCACAAUUUUUUUCCCGAUUUUAAGAAACAUUUAGAUAUAUCACCAUUCCACCAUAAUGAAGGUUGAAUUAGAAUUUUUGGAAAAUCAAAAUGAAACUGUCCGACAAAAUGUCUGCUCUAGUCUUUGUACACGAAUUGUGUAUAAGUAUGUAAUACAAAGGUUAUGGACCCUCUGGAUGAUACUUAAAACAUAUCUUUAUAUUCCAAAAAUCUCAUUCUCUUUUGAUAUUUGCACAUUUAAGACCAUAACUUUGUGGAUUAUGGCGCCUGAUUGUACAAAAAAUAAUUUUUGUUUUUAGCUUGUUCUCUAUCUCUUGCAAAAUGUGGGCGUAUCCUGCCUGGCAGCUGCUGGUUUUUGUUUAGAUUGUUCUCUAUCCAUCUCUUGCAAAAUGUGGGUGUAUCUUGCCUGGCAACCCCUGGUAACUAAACCAUAAAAUUUUGAUUUGCUGAUUUUAUUUCUAGCCUGUUGAGCAAAACAGUAUGGAUGACAGUAAGCCUAACAAACCAAGGCCUUUUUGUCAUUAUAGCAUACAAGUUAUCAUUACUCGAACCUAAUGUUUAGUAUGUAGUUAGAAAUUAUACAGUAAUUAAUAAGUAGGUGUACAGCUAGCUGUAAAAGAUGCCACUUUUAGUGUGAAAGUGUGACUAAUUAUAAUACCCCAAUCUUAUUAAAACACAGAUCCUAUUUCGUUUCGUUUUUUAAAGUUCAAAAUUUUGUUUUACUUGUCUUCACAAAACUAGGAUCUGGAAGAGUUGUUAUAUAACUCGCGGACUGGUUGAUAUGCAGGAUUAGCCAAUGAAACGGUCUGUUACAGCAACUUCUGGGUGUGUGAUUAAUCAAUGUAUGAUGUCAUAGGGUCAAAAGCCACUCGUACAACCCCAUACUCGACCUUCCACUACAACCGGUCAGAUCUUCAUUUAGUGUAGGCCCUCGAAAGUAUAAAAAAACGAAACAAAAUAUAGAUUUGUAUUUUAAUCAGAUUGAUAUAUACCCAUCACUAUUGAAUACACAAACCUAACCAAUAGUGGUGUAUAAAAUUCAAUAGUCACAGUUUUAAUACUACUGCUUGAUUACUAACAAUGACUAAAUAAUAAACGUUAUGUAUAUAAAAUGACUCUUUAGAUCUCUUUGUGUCGUAGAUUUUCAUUUAUUAAAGUUAUUUGUUCAUAAGUCAAGAAUUGUCUAUUUAUAAUUCGCACUACAUUCGUCCAUCAUGAAAUAAGGGGAAAUAAUUACUAGCCUGAGACUGUAUGUUUUUGUAAGACUUAUUGCAUUUUGAGUCAACAAAACCUAUAUAAAUAAUGCCCUGGCUAAUAUAGAUAUUAAUGGGGCAUUAUGUAAUAUUUAGAUAAAGAGCUGGCCAUUCUCUCUAUAAUAUUUCAAAAAUAGAUAAUGUAAAAUGAAUAUAUUAUUAUUGUUCGAUUUAUAUAGCGCAUCAUUACACGUGAAGUGUUUCUAAGCGCAUAUCACAAACAUAUACUUCAAACACACAGAAACAAUCAAAAUCAGGAGAACAUAAUUAAACACAGCUGCCUGUUAGGCGCUAUUAUUCAAAGGUUUAUAUCUAACAAAUCAACCGGCUAAUCUCUAUAUUGAACUCAGUCGAGGUAUUACCUGAUGAACACCUACACCAAGUAGAGUUCAAAAAUAAAAAACGAAGUUUAAAAGAAUCAGCUUCAUUAACAAAAAUUAAACAAUCAAAAACUAAACAGAUAAAUCAAAUUCAAACGAAACAAAUAAAACAAAGAAAAUGAAAAGAGCAGUUCAUUACCAUUCUACAUUAACAAAAUAAAGGAAAACAACUUGUGAAAUUUUUUUCAAAAAAUAAGAGCAACUGAUGUCAAGCCAUAUCUACUGUAGAAUGUAUUAUUGGGUUAUAAAAACGUCUAUUUUAAGUUUCAUCAAAAGCAGAUAAAAUCAAUCUACACAACAAUGUGGACAUAUAUAACAAUGAAUGAGUAAUAUUUGCCUUGAAAACAAAUUAAUUGGCAAUUUUGCUGAUGUUUUUCAAUCCAAAUCAGAAUAUAAAUUGGAAUAAAUUACCGUUCCUCCAACAAUUCUACCCAAUGGAUACCAUGCUCUAUCAUCAAACCAAUUAAGAAAGUUAUAGAAGCCAUGGGUCACCAUAUAAUGUGUUGCCCGAUAGUUAAACCAUGGGUCGAAUAUAUUGAAAAUUUCAUUCAAAUUACUUUAUUUUGAGCAAAGUUGUUAAUUAGUUGUAGUUUUGACAAGAUGUAUGCAUUGAUCGUAACAACCGUACUGGUUAUUUGAGUCUUAAGCAGUGGACACAUUAGUCGAAUGGUUCGGCCGAAUCGUUCGACGGAAUCAAUCGGCGCCGAAUUUUAUUUGGCCGAAUGGGUGGACACACUAGCCGAAUGCUUCGCCGAUUCAACCUGUCGAUUGCAUCACCUAUCACGUCACAUGAUUAAACAUGGCGGCGUCUAUGUCUUCAAUCUAUCACGUGACUUCUCGAUAUGAGUGGUGAUUGGCUAAUGAAUUCUAUAUUCGACGAAGCGGACAAACCAGGCGAAUAUAAUUCGGCCGAAUAUAUCAAACCUGUUUGAUUCGGGCGAAUCAUUCGGCCGAAUGACAGUGGACACACUAGGCGAAUUUCGACGCCGAUUGCUUCGGCCAAACGAUUAAAAUAACCCAUAUUUUAACUUUUAAACACACACUCCCACCCGACCCCACUAACCGGCGUUAGCAACAAAAAUGUGGCAUCAAGCGAUGAUUCUAGGACCAAGUAUUCAAAAUUUUACUUCUUAAGACACGCGUAUAAAUUAUCACGAUUUAAUAGUAUUUAGCAUCAUCCAACUGUAAUACGUUUUUCAAGCUAUGUAAAAUAAAUGUGCCAGAAUAUAAUUUACAUUUCUGAAAAGGUAAAUGAAACUUCUUUUCAGUAGUAUUCUGUGCGAUAUCUGGAAUGUCGUAGUAUGACCCGUAUUUUGACAUUUAAGACCCCACCCAGCCCCUCCCAAUCAAUUAAUAGAGUUUAAUAGUGUACAACUUUCCAAAUUAUUAUCUGGCACAUUUAUAUUUACAUACCUUGAAAAAAGAUCAAAGUUCCACGGUACUAAACUUUAUUAAGUGAGGGGCUGAAGGGAUAUUUAAAGUAAAAAAAAAAAGCGAUCUUAUAAGAAAUUCUCGACAUCUGUUCAUAUACAGCUAGAAGGUAUGUUUAUUGUUUGAUACAAAAUGUAAAUUAUUUUCUUGCACAUUUGUAAUUACAUACCUAGAAAAAAGAGCAAAAUUGAAAUGGCACUAACAUGUAUUAAAUGAGGAAGGGGGUGGGAGUAUUUAACUCAAAAUACGGACCAUAACACAAAAUACAAGAUAUCGGGAUGCAUACCAUUAAAAAGGUCUGAAUACAUUUUCAAAAUUGUAAAAUAUUUUCUGACAUAUUCAUAUUUACGUACCUUGUUAAAGCAGAUAUAAUUUGGAUUGUCUGAACUCUAUUUAGUGAGGGGAGGGGGUAUUUAAAAGUUAAAAUAUGCGUCUUAUAUGAAAUUCCAGUUAUCGUAAAAUGCUUCACCGGAAAGUAUUUGUCUAUCACUCUUUGAAUAUACGAGUAUUAGCUAUUUUACUGGCACAUUCAUGAUUACAUGAUUUAGAAGAGAUAAAGCUCUCAUUUGUUUGUCCAAAGAAAUAUGGUGCUAUCAAAUAAUAACUUAAUUACUAAAUAUAGACUACUUUCAAUUUAUUUUAUUUAAUGGUAGAUCAGAUUAACAAUAACACACACGCGAUUUCAGAUUUCACUAAAGUCGCGGUCAUCGACCAAUAUUUCUGAUUGUAUUUGCUCGAUUCUUCUUUGUUGUAUGGUGACUUAUUGUUGAUUUCCGCUUAUGUCAUCAUAAUGUUCCGGUGCGAUGAAUUUCAAGAAAUGUUUUUGUAGAAAUGUUUUUGGAGAAAUAUUUUGCAAGAUUUGUAUUUGAAGAUUUGUAUUUAGAAAUUUAUUGUUCGAGAGUAUGUCUAUGAUGAAAUGUAAAUGUAGAUUAUUUUUUUGAUUUACUUAAAUAAAUUUUGUCUUUAUAUUAAAAUAAAAUUAAAUUAAACAAAAAUACAUUUUACAAAUCUGAUAUGACAAAUGUCUAAUUUUAGUGUACAAAUGUCGAAAUACGACAAAAAAUGAAGAAAUAAGAUUUAAGGACUAUAAAUUAAGAACUAAGAAUUAAGAACACUGAAUAAUGAGCUGUUUGGUUUUCCAUAAUUUUGAAAAUCUCACAUGGAUGGCUAGCAAUGUCAACAAUACUAAACAUCUGUUUCCAUUGAAAAAAUAUGUGCAUACUGACUAUGCAUUAAAGCUUUAGUGGCUAGUAUUUUAGCAUUUUGAUUGUUUGUGUCCAUUAAACAUACAUUAUUGCAAGAGCUAAAUCUGCCUAUUGCAGAUCUUUCUUUAGGCCUGAAAUGUUAUCUAAAUUAUUAAUUAGAAAUUAAUUAACUUAUCCAGACCAUAAUCAACUCUCGAUACCAUCGCUAGCCAGCGAUAUUUAGCGGCUGGGAAUACAUUUUUUGAAAAAUAAUUAAAUGGAUAAUCGCUGGCUUUUUUUUUAUCGUACCGACUUCAGUACUGAUGAUCGAGGCUCGCCUAAAAUUUUCAGGAUAUUCUAUUUACGUUAUCUAUUUUUUAUACGCCCACAUUUUCAUGUCCGUCGGUCCGUCCACAAUUGUUUGUGAACAGUCUACAGGUCACAAUUUUUAUCCGAUUUCAAUGAAACUUGAAAUAUAGGUUUAUCACCCUAAGAUCUCGGUUCCUUUCGAUAUUGGCAUGUAUCGGACUGUAACUUCAUGGAUUAUGGCCCCUGAUUGUACGAAAAAUCACGUUUUUAGCUUGUGAACACUGUAGAGGCCACAAUUUUUAUCCGAUUUGGUUCAAACUUGAAAUGUAAGUUUAUAACCCAAAGAUCUUGGUUCCUUUCGAUAUUCGCGCAUAUCGGACCGUAACUUCCUGAAUUAUGGCCCCUGAUUGUACGAAAAAUCGCGUUUUUAGCUUGUUUUCUAUCCAUCUCUCGAAAAUGUGGGCGUAUCCUGCCUGGCAGCCGCUGGUUAACUAUUAUAGUGAGAACUGUAAACUCUUUAUCUAAUCUCCCAUAAUGCCCCUUCAAGCACUUGUAUAGUUUAUUAAUAAGAACUUAUUAUAAAGUCAUCGACUGUAGUCAGUAUUAGUACCAAUAUAUUCUUUCAAAGUUAUCCACUGCAGUUGGCAUUAGUACUAAAUUAUUAAUAACCUCUUGUCAUCAUCCACUGCAGGUAAUAUUAAGGGUAGUACCAAUAAAUUAAUAACUUCAUACAAAGCUAUCCACUGCUGUUGAUUUUGGGAGAAGUAUUUAAUAACUGCUUUACAAAGUCAUCCACUGCAGUUUGUAUUUUGUUACCAUUUCUAUAUUAAGGUUGUUUGUUUUGCUUUUUAAUUCAGUGCCUUUAUCUUUAAAAUUUAAUCAAACAUCUUCUAAUAAGGAUGUUUGUUCUGAUGAGAAAUAUAAACAUAUUUCAUGUUUUUAACUUUAUACUAUUUAUCACACCACACAUAUAUAAUAUUAUAGGGUACUUGUCUUUUUUGCUUGGCACCAAACCUUUAAAUAUGUAAUUAUUGUGAUUAUUAAUGUGAAUGUGAAAUGAAAAAAAAUGUGUAAUUGUGUGUAAGAUUUAGAAUUAUAAUUAUUAAUAUUAGAUUUUGUGUCAAUCUUCAGUAUAGAAAUGAUAUUAUGUUUAUCCUGUAUUGAAUAAUUCAAAACUGUAGAUUUCAUCUUUGUAACCUGUUUAACCCAUUGGAUUUAUUAAAUUAAAGGAUAUAUCAAUGUAUUUCCUAAUCAUUAGCUGAUGUGCUCAACCUCAUACCAGCUAUAACUGAUACCACACAAAUUUAGCAUAGAAAUUGUCCAAAAAUGUUAGUGGAAGGAGUACAGCUUUACACAUUUACAUGUACAUGUAGUUAUUUUUGUUUUAUUAUAUGUUCACACUAAAGUAUGUUUUCCUCACCAAAUAAUGAAUUAAUAGAUAUAUAGAAGCAUUGAACUUGUUAUUUCAUAAACUGUUGACUUGAGUUUUAAUAUUUUUUAUAUUUAUGUUAAUCAUAGUAUACAUGUUGAAAUAAUAGAAUGAAAUGUACAUUUAUCAACUUGUAUGGAAAUGGGACAAACAGGCAGAACUCAAUACUUUAGUCAUUUUGAGACAAAAUUAUGGUAAUUUCUGUCUUAUUGUUCUUUUAAGUACAUAUAUGUAUAUAUAAGAGUGUACUGUGACUAUAAAUUUUGCUCAUAUCACAUAUAUAGGUAAUAAAAUAGAUGACAAAUAUA